AUGCACGGCGGCGUGCGCGUGCCCGUGGCGCGCGGGACGUGGCAGCGGCCGGGGCCGGGGCCGGGGCUGCGGCUGUGGCUGUGGCCGCUGCUGGCGGCGGCGCUGGCGGCGGGCAGCGGCUCGGAGCACCCCCGACUCCGCGAGACCGUGCUGCAGGACCUGGCCCGCGGCAAGGUGGAGACCUGCGGCGGGUGACGGCUGAAUCGCCUCAGGGAGGUGAAGGCGUUCGUCACCCAGGACAUACCGUUCUACCAUAACCUGGAGAUGAAACACCUGCCUGGUGCUGACCCUGAGCUUGUGCUCCUCAGCCUCCGGUAUGAGGAGCUAGAGAGAAUUCCCCUGAGCGACAUGACCCGGGAAGAGAUCAACCAGCUGGUGCAGGAGUUGGGCUUCUACCGCAAGGAGACGCCUGAUGCCCCUGUGCCAGAGGAGUUCCAGUUUGCCCCUGCCAAAUCUCUGCCAAUACUGCUGCCCCCCCAAGCACCCACUGCUGAUGGCAAGACCCCACCCAAACAUGACAAGGAAGAACACCCAGACCUCUAGCAAGGAGUGGCACCCUUAGGACAGGGUCCUGCAGCCAGUCCCCAGUGCAGGGAAUGAGGACAUUAUGGCAGCUGGACAUGUUGUCACAGGGUGGCAAAGGUUUUCCCCCCCCACUCUUUCUUGUGUGCUGGUUGAUGCCCUCCUGUCCUUGGAGCUCAUUAUCCUUGGCCAGUCACGAAGAGCUGCAUUUCUUGCAGUCUCUUGCUGUGCCCAGAUGUUUAGCUGCUCCCAGCACUGGGCAGCAGUAUCCUGCCUGCAUGGGACAGGAUGAAACCCUCAGCAGAAAGCGCCAGGUGCUAAGGGUAGAUGUGCUGAGUCCCAAAGGUGGGAGAGCUGUCCCAAGAAGGGGGCUUUACUCCCCAGCAGGGUUUAUGUCUAUCCAGCUCCUAGUAAAGCUUUUAUUUGCAGUCA